AUGCACCCGCUCACCCUACUCCUGUUGAUAUCCCUUCCACUCCACACACACGCCACCACUUGGAAGUCCCUUGCUCCUCUCCCCAUCCCAAUACGUGUAUACACCACCGUCCUCCUCGAUCCUUCUCAACUUGCCACAAUCGGCGGUGGCCUAGCGGGCAACGCCACCACAGACCCCCUACUCCUCUACGACAUCCCACAUGAUUCCUGGUCCGUCCGCUCAUCCGCCCCCUUACCUCUCAUCUAUCCCAACGCCGCGAGCAUCAACGGCAAAAUCUACCUCCUUGGAGGCGUGUUAAACGCACCGAUCCGAAGGUACAGUGCCGUCGCAGGCUGUUGGGUCUAUGAUCUGUACCAGGACGAGUGGACGCCCAUAGAACCCAUGACGCAGGCGGAGGCGAGGGGCAGAGCUGCUGUCGGCGUAGACCGUGAAAGCGGUGUGAUAUACUUGGCCGGCGGCAUACAGAGUGCCAGAGAGGAGGCGCUCGAUAUCGUCUCCGCGUAUGAUACGGUACGGGGACAGUGGGUUAGCCUUCCCCCGCGGGCGCGGCGGAUGCCUGCGCCGCGUGAUCAUGCAGGGGGGGUUACGGUUGGGAGAAAGUUGUAUGUCGUUGGCGGGAGGGAUGGCGGGGUCCUGAAGGAUACAGUGUUUGUGCUAGAUUUAGAUAACCGAAGGAGUGGGUGGAUAGAGGAAGAUGGGGCUGCGGUGCGGAUGCCGACCGCGAGGGCAGGGUUGGCGGUGGUUGUAUUGGGGGAAAAGAUUUACACAUUUGGUGGUGAGGGGGGUGAGGGUGUUUUUAAUCAGACGGAGGUUUUUGAUGUUGACAAGCAGGUGUGGGAGGGGUUAGGCGCCAUGGCGAAGCCGCGACAUGGGAUUUCUGCGGUCUGGGUCGAAGGGGGAUGGAAUGGGGAUGGAGACGUGAUUUACAUACCAGGCGGUAACGUUGCGGAGGGGGGACAUGCAACGAGUUAUUUUGAUGCUUUUUACCCUUAA